UGCGCUGAGUCCCUCGGACACAGCGGAUCACCGAUCCACGGAAAGAGCCGCAGAUGUCGGCUCAGUCAUGUGAUCAGCUGUGUCCAAUCACAGCUGAUCACUGAUCAUCAGAGCACUGAUGAUCAGUGUGCCCUGAUGAUCUGUGUAGCCCCAGCAGUGCCACCUAUCUGUGUCCAUCAAUGCCAGUGCCACAGUGCCUUGUGCCAGUGCCACAUCAAUGCCACAUAUCAGUGCCUACCAGUGCACAUCAGUGCCCAUCUGAGCUGCCUUUCAGUGUCGCCCAUCAGAGUGCCAGUCAGUGCCACCUAUCAAUGCCAAUCAUGCCAAUCAGUGCCAGUCAGUGCUGCCUAUCAGUGCCCGUCAGUGCCGCCUAUCAGU